AUGCGGUUAAGCAGCUUGAAGCUUGAGAAAUCGAUGGUGCUGAAUCCAGAAACCGCAAAGCAAAGUGACGUACUGGCGAUUCACCGGAAGCAGCACGCGAAAAAUAACAAACCGCGAGCAAAUGCUGAGCCGACGCCAGUGGCUCGCAGCGGGGAGGCCGCCAAAGCACGAUUCCCGUGCUGGAGCUGCGGCGAGAUCCAUUUCGCGAGCAAGUGCCCUUUUUUGGCUGAGCAAUGCCCCACAUGUAAGCGCACCGGCCACAAGGAUGGCUACUGCGAGUCAGCUGGCCGGAAGCCACGCUUCGGACGACGAAGCAGCAAGAUAGUGAAUGCGAUGUCUAUAGUGACUCGCAAAUUCGUUGAAUCCGAAAUUGGCAACACCAAAUUAAAGCUGCAACUCGACUCCGGAUCCGAUUGGACGAUCAUCUCGGCCAGUAACUGGAAGGUCCUCGGAUCACCCAAGCUGCGCGACUGUGAGGAACAAGCCUUGAGUGCCUCAAAUGACCCAAUAAAAAUACUAGGUAAAUUCAACGCUCCAUUAAAAUUGCACGGCCGCGAGAACUCCGGACCGUGUUACGUAGCAGCAUCGGAUCUCAACGUGCUCGGAAGCGAUUGGAUGACUGUACUCAACCUGUGGAAUGUACCGAUCGCCAGCAUCUGCAACUCUAUCAACAGCACCAGCGCAACGGAUUUAGAGAGGGAGGUGAAGUCGAGAUUUCCCUCGCUGUUCGCUGAUUCGUUGGACUGCUGCAACAAAAUGAAGGCGUCACUCACUCUGAAGCCGGGAUCACAGGCCAUUUUCCGUAACAGACGCCCAGUCCCGUUUGCCGCGGCCGAACAAAUCGCCAACGAGCUGAAGCGUUUGCAGUUGAUGGGCGUCAUCAUCCCCGUCGAGUACUCCAAAUACGCCGCGCCACUCGGUGCCGUCAAAAAAAAAGGACGGCAGAACACGAAUCUGCGCCGAUUAUUCCACUGGGCUCAACGACGCUCUCGAGCCGAACCAAUAUCCACUUCCAACACCGGAGGAAAUUUUCGCGAAACUGUCCCGAUACCGUGUCUUCAGCAAAAUCUAUUUUUCGGACGCGUUUUUGCAGGUGGAACUCGACGACGAUGCGAAAAACUGCUAACAAUCAACACACACUGCGGCCUGUUCCAAGUGAACCGCCUUCAACCCGGCGUCAAGACGGCACUAGGAGUGUUCCAACAGCUGAUGGACACGAUGAUGAGCGGCGCAGAGGGGGCGUUUCCAUUUAUAGAUGACUUCAUCAAGCAACUCGAGUUUCUCGGCAACAUCGUUGACGCGGACGGCCUGCGGCCGAACCCCGAGAGAAUCCAAACGCUGAAGCGCAUUCCACCGCCGGAAGACAUCCAACAGCUCCAGGCUUUUCUUGGGGCGGUCACAUGGUAUGGAAAGUUCAUCCCACACCUGAACGACCUCCGAGGGCCGUUGAUCGAGCUGCUCCGCUCCGACGUCAAGUUCGAGUGGCAGUCAGCCCAUCAGGAGGCUUUCGAGAAGAUCAAGAACGUCCUCGCUUCCGAUUUGGCACUCACGCACUACGACCCGUCAAUGAAAAUUAUCGUAGCAGCAGACGCAUCGUAG